AUGGCGAAGGCUGACGUGUUCCAGCGAGGACCACUCAGUUUCAUGUGCUGGGAAGACUGUUUUCCCCAAGAGGCUUGGGAGAAACGCAGGAGAAUGAAUCUCCAGAAAGCAGAAUCAAAACCAUCAAUGCCUCCAUCUGAACCAGUGACAACUCCCAGUGUUACAAGCAAAAUUAGACACGUGAGCAACUGGGUUGCUCAACAUUCAGCUCAAUCAUCUGAGUUGCAGUAUGAACAAGGUUGCAGUGCUUCCAAAAGAUACAGCCCCUCACUUAGUUCUAUACAAAGUGAGAGCAGUGGCUCCACUAAUAGUAGUGGCAAGGAAGAAUACAGGCACUCAAAACCAUCAACACCUCCAUCUAAACCAGUUACAACUCCCAGUGUAACAAGCAAAAUCAGACACGUGAGCAACUUGGUUGCUCAGCAUUCAGCUCAAUCGUCUGAAUUGCAGCAAGGACAGGGUUGCAGUGCUUUCAAGAGAUACAGCCCCUCACUUAGUUCUAUACAAAGUGAGAGCAGCGGCUCCACUAAUGGUAGUGGCAAGGAAGAAUACAGGCGCUCAAAACCAUCAACGCCUCCAUCUGAACCAGUAACAACUCCCAGUGUAACAAGCAAAAUAAGACAAGUGAGCAACUGGGUUGCUCAGCAUUCAGCUCAAUCUUCUGGGUUGCAGCAAGGACAGGGUUGCAGUACUUCCAAGAGAUACAGCCCCUCACUUAGUUCUAUACAAAGUGAGAGCAGCGGCUCCACUAAUGGUAGUGGCAAGGAAGAAUACAGGCGCUCAAAACCAUCAACGCCUCCAUCUGAACCAGUAAAAAGGGCUCCCAGUGAAACGAGCAAAAUAAGACAAGUGAGCAACUGGGUUGCUCAGCAUUCAGCUCAAUCUUCUGGGUUGCAGCAAGGACAGGGUUGCAGUAAUAAGGAUCGAAAUGAAAACACGAAAAGAGAAAUCAGUGAUCCUGACCUAGAGCCCAGUGAAAAUGAAGCGGUUUCCCAUUAUUCACAUUUAGGGGACUACAUUACAAAAAAAUACGAAAAGAAACAAAUAUGUGACAUUUGUUUCAAAAUUAAUAACACAUGUUUUCCGGCACACCGGAUCGUUUUGGCUUCUCAAAGCCAACUUUUUCAAGACAUUUUUGAAAGAGACGCGUUUUCAACAGAACCUGUAGCCCCUAAGGUCAUAAGAGUGAGAGGAGUUUCCGAGGAAGCCCUAAAGUCAUUUUUGGACUACCUUUAUACAGGAAGGUUAAAUAUCACAUCAUCUUGUAUUAGUGAUAUUAUUAAAUUAGCUCAUGUCUUCGAAGUUCAGGAUGUGAGAAAAAUGUGCCUUAGGAAAUUAGAAAAACUAAGCUAUGAGGCCUUAUUACACCUAUUACCAACUAUGACAAAGCUAGAGGAAUGGGAAAUUUGUAACUUUAUAGUUACUAAAAUAACAAAAAAUUUCAUGGAGGCAAAGGAAUGCACAGCGUUUUUCCAUCUUGAUCCAGACACGCUGUGCAUGAUCCUGUCAUCAGACACUAUCAUGGUGCCAACUGAAUUCGACGUCUUCUCGGCUGCAGUUUCUUGGAUACAGCACCAUGAUUUCGAAAAAAGAGCCCUGCAUUUAGAAAAAGUGAUGAGCUGCAUCAGAUUUUCUCUUAUGUCAAGAAAGGAGCUUUUUCUUUGUUUUAAAAAAUUCCCACCACUGAGGAAUAACCUGAACUGCGUCAAUAUGAUAACCUUAGCCAAUUGGGCUCAGACCUCAUUUGAACUCGAGGAGGAAGACCCACUAAAUGUCUGUGUAAACAAGAGGGACAUGAAUAGCCCACAAAGCAUCAGCAAUUACUUAAAAGCCAACUCAAGUGCUGAUUUUGAAAACGAGGCUGUUGAAGUUGAAGUAACCAACAUGUCGGAGGAGAUGGCGCAAGAUUUUAAUUGUCAUGCCUACAUGCCAAUUGUUAGCUCUUCAAGCCUGCUGUGCGAACAACAUCCAAAAGUUCAACAAUACAGCACUUCUAAAUGUGGAACAACUGAGCAGAAGAAGGCUUCAAGAAAUGGACACAUCAGAUCACCUAAGAGAAAGGGUAGAAAAAACCCUGAGAAUUCUCCAAUUUGGCAGUUGCAUUCCAUGCGAUUCUAAAGGCUGUUAUACUGUAGACUAUUCUUAUGUAUUGUAAACUAUUUUUUCUUGAAUCUUGAUGUUUUAAUUUUUUUCUCUUUGGUGUUUUUUAAAUAUUUUUUUUCCUACGGUGUUUAUUUUUUUUAAAUCCAAAUUCAUUGUUUUCUCUAAAUAGUUAAAUAUAUGUACAUUUAUUGUUAAGAAGACUAUGAAUGUCUAGCAUUAUUAAAGUUGAUGCAUGCAAUGAG